CUCGUCCCUAAUUUCCAGUGUCAGGAGGUGAGUAUUGAUAUAUUUUCUAGUGAAAUCAUGCUGCACUAUGUGCUCGCAUCGUAUUCUGUUGUUAGCAUGCAUAGCCAGCCCAUGUUCGAGCCCUGGUAACACUCUGGAAGUGAGGCGUUACUCUUUGACCAGUCACUCCGGAUGGUUUGCAGCGAGUUCUGAUAUUGAUUCGAAACCCUCUGCGCUUUUGUCGAUUGACAUUACAUGAACGAACUGGUAUAUUCCAAAGUUAAGAAGCUGACAACUUCAGGUUUGACGAUCUAGACUCGCAUAAUGACAUCCUAUCCCAAGAAGAAGUGCGGUGUUCUUGGAGCCACUGGCUCGGUGGGACAACGAUUUAUCCUGCUGCUCGCCGACCACCCCUUCUUGGAGCUUCAUGCCGUCGGUGCCUCGGAGCGCUCUGCUGGCAAGGCCUACAAGGAUGCUGUGAGAUGGAAGCAGACUACAGCUAUGUCCGAAAAGCUCAGCAAUCUUGUGCUGCGUGACUGCAAGGCUGAGCAGUUUGCCGAUUGCGAUUUGGUUUUCUCUGGACUGAACAGUGACGUUGCAGGCGAUGUCGAGAUGGAAUUCAUCAAGGCCGACAUCCCCGUCUUCUCCAACGCGAAGAACUACCGCAAGCACCCCCUCGUCCCGCUCAUUGUUCCUACUGUCAACCCUCAUCAUUUCGACCUCAUCCCUCACCAAAGGAAACAUUUUGGUCUGAAGAAGGGCUUCCUGGUCUGCAACUCCAACUGCGCAGUGAUUGGCAUCGUCAUUCCCUUCGCUGCCCUCCAGGCCAAGUUUGGCCCCGUUGUUGAGGUGGAGGUCUUUACCGAGCAAGCUCUGUCUGGCGCCGGUUACCCGGGUGUUCCCAGCAUGGACAUCCUCGACAAUGUCAUUCCGUUCAUCAGCGGUGAGGAGGACAAGCUUGAGAAUGAGGCUCAGAAGAUCCUCGGUUCUUUGAAUGCCGAUGCUACUGGUUUUGAGGAGCAAGCCGGACUUAGAGUGGGUGCCACUUGCACUCGUGUUGGAGUCACGGAUGGCCACAUGGCGUUUGUAUCCCUGCGCUUCAAGAACCGCCCGGCGCCCAGCGCAGAGCAGGUCGUUCAGGCUAUGAGGGAGUACCAGUCGGAGGCGCAGAAGUUGGGUGCCCCAUCGGCUCCUGCGGAGGCUAUCAAGGUUUUCGAUGAGCCCGAUCGCCCACAACCCAGACUCGACCGUGACAUUCACAAGGGAUACACUGUUAGCGUUGGACGCGUCCGUGAAGGCCAGGAAGGUGGCUACUUCGAUAUUCGAUUUGCUGCCUUGUCGCACAACACCGUUCUCGGCGCUGCAGGAUCGUCUAUCCUUAACGCUGAGGUUGCUGUCAUCAAGGGUUACAUCUAGACACGUGAUAGAUAAUAAAAGUGUAUAUAGUAACUUGAGUUAACAUUUUC